AUGGCGCCACUCAAGAUUUUUCUGGAUGGCAAAUCGUCCAUCACUCGCCAGCCGGAACGAGGUGCCCUCAGUUUCAUCGUCAAGGCGGCUGGACCAAGCCGAGAAGGCGUGUCCAGGAAGGUGACCGAGACAUCUAAUGAGAUAAACCGACUGUUUAAAGAGCUAUCACCCAAAUCUGAGACCGGCGAAACAAUUGCGGGCUCACCGGUCACAUCAUUCUCUUCCACCUCGCUACAAACACGAUCUCACGUACCAACCGAUAAGUCGGGCGAGCCUCUACCGACGGUUUACCAUGCAACUCUAGCGCUCAACGCUCUUUUCCAAGAUUUCACCACGCUGAAUGAAGUCGUUGGAAAGUUGGUUUCUUACCCCAACAUCGAGAUCCAGUCCCUUGAAUGGUGUCUCACCGAGGCGACACAAAAGGACUUGAGUUCCGAGUCCCGUAAAGAAGCAAUGCGCGACGCCAUCCAGAAAGCAAACGACUACGCUGAGGUGGUUGGACGAGAAGUCUUUGCAGUGGAGAUCAGGGACUCAGGGAGCGGGGUUAACGCUGGGCGAUACAACCCUUACCAUUCAAAUAUCCAGGGGAUGAUGCCGCAGCAAAUGCAACAAAUGCAGCAACAACAGGUGGCUCGGUCAACUAUGUUGGCUCAGCAGCAGGCUGCCUCCUCCGCUGCUUCCAGCGCGAGUUUCAAUUCAGGAGGUUCCACAUCACUUGAUUUGAGUCCGCAGUUGAUUCGGUACACGAAUUCCGUGAAUGUUGAAUUCAGGGCUGCGGACAUUUAA